AUGUUCCCAGAUGAAACCCAUCAAUUUAAAGCAAUACUACAUUUAUUGUUGCAGUUUGGAUGGACCUGGGUUGGGUUAGUUUGUCUGUUUGAGGAAGAUAGGGACAGGUUCAUUCAAAAGAGACUUCCCAUGUUUUCAGAGAGAGGAAUCUGCUUUGACUUUUCAAUAUGUCUUCCCCAAAUGGUGUAUGGUAGUAAAGCUGCUGAAAUGAUGGAAAAUGCAGAAAAAAUAUUCAGAGUGAUUAUGGAGAGUACGGUCACUGCAGUCAUUUUCAGUGCUGAAAUUACAGGCAUGAUUCUUUUGAGACUAAUGAUCAAUUUUUUCAAUUUUGAUAAUAUUCCAAAAGAGAGACAGGCCAAAAUUUGGAUCAUGACAGCCCAGACGGAAUUCACAUCCAUUCUGAUGCAAAGACACUUCCACAUUGAUUUUCUUCAUGGUGCUCUUUCCUUUGCAAUUCAUUCAAAGGAGCUGACUGGAUUCCAACAAUUUAUGCAGAAGAGAAACCCAAACUUUGACAAAGAAGAUGGCUUCAUUAGGGCUUUCUGGAAAGAUGCAUUUGAAUGCUCCUUUUCCAGUAAUAUUACAGAUGAGAAUGCUGAAAGGAUCUGCACUGGAGAAGAGAAGCUGGAGACUCUUCCUAAUUCUGUCUUUGACACCACCAUGAAUGGACAUAGUUACAGUGUCUAUAAUGCAGUCUAUGCUGUGGCACAUGCUCUGAAGGCCAUGCGCUCUGCCAAAUUCAAAGGGGAACGAAAAAUAAAUGAGAGGAGAUGGAAGCUCUUCCUCCAAUCACCUUGGCAACUCCACCAUUUCUUACAACAAGUCUCCUUUAACAACAGUGCUGGUGAACCGGUUUCUUUUGGCCACAAUGGAGAAUUAGAAACUGGACUUGAUGUUUUCAAUUGGGUCACAUUUCCAAACAAGUCAUUUCUGAAAGUCCAAAUCGGAAAAAUUGACCCCAUGGCUCCCCCAGACAAGUUCCUCACCAUUUCUGACAAGGAAACCGUUUGGCCUCUCAUAUUUAACCAGACAUUACCUCUUUCCAUUUGUAACAAGAAGUGUCUUCUUGGCCAUAGCAAAAUGAAAGUGGAAGGAAAAUUAUCCUGCUGCUAUGACUGUAAAAUAUGUCCAAAAGGGAAAAUAGCUGAUCAAUUGGACUUAGAUGACUGUUUCCCAUGUCCAGAGGAUCAAUAUCCAAACCAGGAUAAGGAUAGUUGCCUUCCAAAAAGUAUAAUUUACUUAACUUAUCAAGAACCUUUGGGGAUUUCUUUGGCAGUGAUUGCAGUCUCCUUUUCUUUCAUCUCAGCUGCAGUGCUUGGGAUAUUCAUGAAAUAUCAGGACACACCUAUUGUUAAAGCCAAUAAUAGGAACCUCACGUAUAGCCUUCUUGUUGCUCUCCUGCUCUCUUUCCUUUGCAGUUUGCUCUUCAUUGGGAAACCUGACCAAGUGAAAUGUCUCUUGAGACAAACUGCUUUUGGCAUCAUCUUCUCUGUAGCUCUUUCUUGUAUAUUGGUGAAAACAAUCAUAGUGGUCCUUGCUUUCAUGGCCACCAAGCCCGGAUCCAAAAUGAGAAAAUGGGUGGGGAAAAGGCUGGCUAUUCCUAUUGUCCUAUCUUGCUCCCUGACACAAUUCUGCAUUUGUGUGGUGUGGCUCAUAAUUUCUGCUCCCUUCCCAGAUUCUGACAUGCAUUCCCUGGCUGACAAAAUUGUUCUACAAUGUAAUGAAGGUUGCACCACAAUGUUUUAUGCUGUCCUUGGCUUUUUGGGGUUCUUGACUGCUGUCAGUUUCACUGUGGCCUUCCUAGCUAGGAAUUUGCCUGACAGCUUUAAUGAAGCCAAAUUUAUCACCUUCAGCAUGUUGGUCUUUUGCAGUGUCUGGGUGUCAUUUGUUUCCACCUAUUUGAGUACCAAGGGAAAAUACAUGGUGGCUGUGGAGAUCUUCUCCAUUUUGGCUUCUGCAGCUGGAUUACUUCUCUGCAUAUUUUCCCCCAAAUGCUAUAUCAUUCUGCUGAGACCUAAUCUGAAUAAGAAGGAGCAACUAAUGAAAAAAUGAAGCUUUUAAUACCAUACCCUUUGAAGAAAUCAAAUUAGUUGCUUUCAAGAUAUAUGACUUUUUCUCCAAUUUGAGGUUUGGCAUUUUCCCUUCCGUUGCUACAUCAAAAGGAUGAGAUGUUUGCAAAAGAUGGCAAGAUAACUGCUUUUCAGUUUCCCUGAUAAAUUACUCUUAUUCGUAAUGACGACUACUCCACCUUUGCCUUCUAAUUUAAUUAUGAUGUCACUGUUAUUUCUAUGCCUUGGAUGACAUCUAAUUCUGCCUAUGGAGAUAAUGCAUAAAGCAAGCAUUGAUUAAGCCUGAUGCAGAAGGCAAUAAUAGUAAACAUACAAUUUAUUUUUUCAUUCAUCUCAGGAUGUUUAAUAGUUUGCAUUAAAAUUUACAUCACUUUACAUCUUCGAGUAUCGCUCCUAUUCUGGUGAAUGUAUACAUGUAGAAUUUUGGACAGUUUAUUUGUUUUUAUUGAAGGAGAUGAGUUUUGCAUUUUGGAUUCAUUGUCUACUCCUGGCAAAAUCCUGAUGUAAUUGAGAUUCCAGGGACAAGAUGGCAUAGACAUUAAUAAUAGCAGCCUAUUAAGACAAUUACAAGAAUUGCAAAUUUAAAGGAAAUAACAAAGAAAUACAACUACAGAUAAGUAUGUGCAAAGGGAAUCUUGGUAAACUGCAGGUAAAUAGAGGGAAAAGACUUUUACAGGUGAUAUUCCUCAGGAAAGGGAAGGCUGGGCAUAAGAAGAAAAAGAUUCAGAUCAAGAUUGUUUUCCUCAGUUUUGCUAGAAAUAAGUUGAUCUUUAAAAUGUUUUUAAAUUUUCAAGGUUUUUUUACCAUUUACUUCACCCAAAAUAAACGUCAGUCCAAAAACCGAGGCAUUCCUAUUUUUCAACAUGCCAAUUUUGAAAGUUUUACAGAAUGCAAUAGUAUGGCUAUAUAUGUCAUCAUCUUCUGUGCUUCUCUAGAGAAGAAGAACUUAUGUCAACACAAUGUCAGAAUCCAACACUUGAAAAAAUUCAAGACACUUUUAAAAAAUAUUUAUUUCUUGAGGUCUAAUAUUUAUCUACUAUCACCAUGAUCCACAUUUGACACAUCAUUAUGGCUCAAAUAAUUUUAAAUUGCAGAAAGAGACAUGAAAAAUUCUUAAACAUAUAUCCAAGAACCAUUUCAUAUAGUAAUCAGAUAGUAUUACAUGAGGAAACCGUAUCCCAACCUCAAAGUUCUAUGGGAACAGCCAAGAAUUCAUGCCUUUCCUGAAUCUCAAAAGGGUUAGGGCCAUAAAAUCUCCAGGUAAUGCUGUUCCAUACAUGGAAGAAAACAUUUGGAAAAGGCUACUCUUCAAUCCUGACUCAUGGCAUUUCCUAAGAGAAGGUGCACACAGGAAGCAAAUUGUUCCAGAUCUCAUAGGCAAGGCAGACAUAAUUAGAAAAAGGGGGUCCAUAGUUGCCCUAUUCUUCACCCUGCUUAGCUUGAAUUGCAACCAGUGUAAUAAUCAAUGUACUUCUAUUAUAUAAAUUAAAAACAAGAGAUUGUUCAGCAAUUCUAUAUUUUUGUAUCCUUUUUUCUUCUCUUUCUAUCCCUAAUCCUACAUGGACAAUGAUACCUUAUUAAGGAGAUGCAGCUAUUCAUGUAAUUUUAAUUCAAUAUUUGUAUGCUUACACCACAAUUCUCUCUCCCUCUCCCUCCCCCCUCUCUCUCUC